AUGUCCUCUAGCGAUCAAAAUCCAGCCGCCACGCCCGCGUCGGGCCCCGACGAGCCCUCGCCGCCGGGCAGGCCAACGGCGGUGUCCUCGCAGGUCCUGGACAUGGGCGCGCAGCUGGUGCAGGCGCUGAAGCCGGUGCGGCAGAUGAAGCAGCACGCGUGCAGCAUCGCGCUGUACGCCCACGACUUGCACCGGCAGAUGGAGGUCCACCACUUCGUCUCCCGGCUCAACCAGGACGUGCUCCAGUGCGCCGUCUACGACUCCGACAAGCCCUCGGCCCGCCUCAUUGGCGUGGAGUACAUCGUCUCGGACACCAUCUUCGAGGGCCUGCCGCCGGACGAGCAGAGGCUGUGGCACUCGCACGCGUACGAGGUGAAGGCCGGGCUGUGGACCGACGUGGCCGUGCCGGAGGCACUGCAGAGCUCGGAGAUGGCGAGCCUCGCCAAGACGUACGGCAAGUUCUGGUGCACCUGGCAGGUGGACCGCGGCGACGCGCUGCCCCUCGGCGCGCCGGCGCUCAUGGUGUCGCCGCAGGCCGCCGAGCCUGGCCGCGCGCGCGCCGAGCUGGUGCGCCGCCGUGACGAGAGGUACGGGGUCGACAGCUCGGCGGGGGGGCUCAAGGCGGCCAGGGUGGAGAUGGACGAGCCGGAGUGGAUCAACCCGAACGCCGACUACUGGCGGCUGCACCGCAAGGGGUUCGCGGUAGACGUCGUCCCGGCCGAGAUGAAGCGCCACGCGCCCUUCCCGUGA